UUGGAAUGUGUGCGUCCUAGUUCACUGCUUAUAUGAGAAGCAGCGUUUAUAGACUGAAGUUACUCUCAGACAGACAUCCUUGAGGAACACUAGCUGUACUCUGGUCAAGAACCAUGAUAGCUUUCCUUGUUUUAAUCGGAUCUGUGGCAGUUUACGGCCAGGGUCAGAGCCAGGGCCACGCCCACGCCCACGCCCACAACCACUCCUGCAUCCACAACAACCACCAGCAGCUGCAGGCGGACCAAGUCAUCAUCAGCAUCAUCGCCGACAUGGAGAAAGAUGGCGACGGCAUUGUGGAACAGACCGAGGUUGAAAAGGAGUUUGUCGAGAAGUAUGACCAUGACAAGAGCGGCGAUGUCAGUGAAGAUGAGUUUGUAAAACAGUGGCAUCAGCAGUACCAUGACGCACCUGACUUUGCCGGCUACCUCUUCCACCACUUCGACUCCAACAGUGACCACAAACUGUCCACCAUCGACAUCGUCAAUUUUGUGAAAAGUGCUGAUGCUGACGGUGGGUGA